CUUAUCUGCACAGCAAAUAAAAGAAAAAAUAAAGAGGAGGCCCCAGCCUUGAAAAAAUGCAUCUGCAGCAAGCUAAAAGCCUCACAGAUAAUGGAUGCCACUUGCAACAAUGCUUGCAGCCCAAUUCUUCCUCAGAUGAUCCAAGUAGCAACUAUUUCACAAGUCUCUGCACGGUCUUUGUUGCUACAAUCCAGGAAACCAAGGAUCGAAUCUCGCAGUUAGAAUUCAUUUUUUGCAGUCAGCUCUUUCCAACUAUUCAGUCAGAGCUAACAAAAUCCAAAAAUUUAUGCAAAAGAGUUGAAAAAAUAAAGCAAGAUGCUGAAGAAGAAUGGAACCAAAACAAGAAAACUUUGUUUCUUGAGUUGGAUAAGCUUCAAACAGAGAGGAAGAAUUUAGAGGAGCAGAUUCAGCAAAUGAAAAUGUCUUUUGAACAGGAGAAGAAGGAGCUGUAUUCUGCCUUUGAACUCCAGAAGGAAGGGCUCAAUAGAAAGCAUAUCUUGGAAAAGGAAGAACUCUUUUUGAGUCUGGAAACUGUGCAGAAAAGUGAUGACACUCUGAAACUUCGGGAAGAGCUUCAGCAAAGGUUUGAAGAAAUUUCUGAAGGAAAAUUGUUGCAAGAAAGUUUACUAAAACAGAUAAGCAGGAUGGAUGAUGAGCUUAAAAUGGAAAGGCAGAAACAGAAUCUUCAUGAUUCUGAGCUCGAACGUGAAAGGAAAUCUAAGCAGGAUUUCUUUGAGCAGUACAAAUAUUUGAAGAGAAUGUACAAGGGUCUUAAGACUCAAUAUGAUGUUCUUAUUAGAUUGAAUGGCAUCAGCACAGACAAGUGCUCGUCUGCUAAGAAGAAGACACAAAAUGAUAGUCACACUUCUCCUGAUAAUCUUAAGCAGCUGAACUUAUUUGAUUGCCAUGCUCAAGCUGCUUUUAGAGAAGAACCAAGAAUAAUUCCUGAGGAAAAGGAAGGUAAUAUCAAUUCAAAUGGAAACCCUAUGGAAACAGAUAAUCAGGAUGGUGCUAGCAUCGAGAACAAAACUAAAAAUGGCCUUAAUAGAAGGCCUAUAGACGGGUCAUAUUCUUCAAAAAUCGAUCAGGAUGGUAAUCAGGUUAGUCUGAAUUUCGAAAAAAGAUUGGAAAAUGCUCGGGAUGAAGGAUCAGUCUCCAAAACAUUGGUCGACGGUUCCAAAAGUGUUCCGUUUGAGGAUGAAGAAACUCAAGAGCAAGCACACAAGGUAAGCAAACAAACAGAAAAUCAUGGUUUUAGGGCUGCGAAGGAAAAAAUGGAAUCAUUGGCUCCAUUUCCACAGCAAAAGCAGCUGCAGAAAAGACCACUUGAACCUCGGUCCAGGCCUCCAAAUUUAGCAAGGCAAAAGAAUUCAUCAUGGAGAGAAACCCGGUUGCGAAAGGAACCUGGUAAAUGUGUUGACCCACAUGACGAUUUUCUUGAUACCCCCAUGGAAAUUGCGCUUCAAUCAGGGAAGCAAAACUUAGAAGUUUGUGCUGAUGUGCCUGAACACAUGGCUUCAAUUGUGGUAGAUAAUUGUCAAAUGAAUCAAAAUAAUGCCAUUCUGGAUGACGAUGGAGAUGAUGAUGAAACACAGGCUAUAGAUCCUGAUCGUGCUCAGCAGACAUCUCAUGCGAGAUCUGCAAAUUUGGUUUGCAAUUCAGGUGGGAUGAAACUGGAGAAUUUAGAAAAUAAAAGCCCUAGUAAUUUAGGCAAAUCAAAGGAACAAAACCCUAGGCAUGCUCACAAGGGUGGCACUAGCUAUAAGUACAUUGAGCCCGUACGGAAGAAGGCAGACAGGGAGAUUCUGAAAGGAAUUGAGUGCAAACAGUGUAAGAAAUUUUAUGAUGCUGUUCAGGUGGGGGAUGGUGAUGUAACUGGUGAAAUUCGUUGUGAUCAUCAUAAUGAGGUCUCACGGCAUCGAUAUCGCUACAUUCCUCCUGCUACACCUGAAGGAUUUUGGAAUAUUGGAUUUGAUUCUGAUCUCUGACCUUUCAAACUGUUUUCAUUGUAUCAUUCUGAUCUCUGACCUUUCCAGACCCAAAAUCAGUCUCCUAAUUGAUUUCUUUAUUCGUUUAAUUGAAACCUGAUAAUUGUAUCUCAAUCAAUUUUUUAUUUUAUUUUACAUUCAUUAGCAA